AUGAUGCGAAAUCAUUGGGGUAAUAACAAGACGAACCUACCGUUAAGCAUCUCCGACGAUAAAUUUACCCCUAAAUCAAAAAAGAAAUCAACUGAUAUCUACAAGGUUCUCCUAGGUGUUAUUUUCACCAUUGGUCUCUUUUAUAAGCUUUUCGUCCACGGACCAUCUCCAAAUGAAACGCAGAGAAAUCUAGAUGCAUCUUUUAAUGCGGAAAGUCACGUUGCGGACACGGAGGUUAAUCCAGCUGAAGCAAUGGUUACACCACCUGAUCAGAUGAAUCUAGCCGAAAAUGUCGAGUUUUACGACUUGAUGCAAUACCAAGGAACUCCAGAGGGUAAGUCUAAUGAGGAGAUUGUUCUUUUGCUUGUACCACUAAGGAAUGCUGAGAAAGUUUUGCCUUUAAUGUUCCGUAAUAUGAUGAAUAUAACUUAUGAUCACAGUUUGAUUGACAUUGCAUUUUUGGUUAGUGAUUGUUCUAAAAGUGAUAAAACACUCGAGAAAUUAUACGAAUAUACAAGUGCUAUGCAGGAGGGUAAACUUGUUCCUAUUUUAGAAGAUCGUGAAAGAGAAAUUAAAGGUAAAGGUGUCUUUGGCUCAAGUGAUCUAUAUCUCAAGUAUAUGCCGGAAGGUUACAUCGAAAAUGUCAAAAAGUCCUACGCUCCACCAUUCCACUCUGAAUACGAAAAACCAUUUAGAAGCAUUCAGAUAUACCAAAAAGAUUUUGGUCAAGUUAUUGGACAGGGUUUCAGCGACAGGCAUGAUGUUAAGAUUCAGGGUAUCAGGCGUAAGCUAAUGGGUAGAGCUAGAAAUUGGCUUUUAUCUACAGCAAUCAAGCCCUACCAUUCAUGGGUGUACUGGAGAGAUGUUGAUAUUGAACUAUCUCCAGCUGACAUUUUAGAAACCAUGAUGAACUUUGGCUCGGAAUAUGAUGUGAUAAUUCCAAACGUGUGGAGACCAUUGCCUGUUUAUCUCGGUGGGGAGCAACCAUAUGACUUAAAUUCAUGGAUAGAAUCUAAUGAAGCUCUCAAGUUGGCUAAAACAUUAGAUGAGGAUGAUGUUAUUGUGGAAGGGUAUGAGGAAUAUGCUACAUGGAGAGCUCACUUGGCCUAUAUCAGAGAUAAAAAUGGUGAUCCUAAUGAAGUUGUUGAGCUUGACGGUGUCGGUGGUGUUUCAAUUUUGGCAAAAGCUAGUACAUUCAGACAUGGAGCCAAUUUCCCCGCGUUUACCUUUUUGAACCAUGCAGAAACGGAGGCAUUUGGUAAGAUGACGAGAAAGAUGGGUAUGAAGAUUGCGGGUUUGCCACAUUACACUAUCUGGCAUAUCUACGAACCAAGUGAAGAUGAUUUGAUUGAAAUCUCUAAGCUAGAGAGGAGAAAAAGACGUUUUGGAAAAAAACACUAA